GUAAGGCCAAUGUGAAUGUACAGUGGGAUGAGGGCUCAGAGCAGACUGCCCCUGCUGUGCCAGUUCGUAUCGUCUUCGUCUUGGUGGUCCAUGGCAGAGCGUCUCGGCAGUUCCAACGCCUGUUCAAGGCCAUCUACCAUACCUCACACUACUACUAUAUACAUGUAGACCAGCGAUCCAACUACCUCCACAGACAGGUGGGGGCUCUAGCGAGCCAGUACUCCAACGUCCGUGUUACUUCCUGGAGGAUGUCCACCAUUUGGGGCGGGGCGAGCUUGCUCACCAUGUACCUGCGUAGCAUGGACGACCUUCUCAAGAUGGCCGACUGGAAUUGGGACUUCUUCAUCAACCUCAGUGCAGCCGACUACCCUAUCAGGACCAAUGAGCAGCUGGUGGGCUUUCUGACAAAGUACCGGGACAUGAACUUCAUCAAAUCCCACGGCAGAGACAACACACGAUUCAUCCGUAAGCAGGGUCUGGACCGGCUCUUCUUCGAGUGUGACACACACAUGUGGCGCCUAGGCGACCGCAAGAUCCCAGAAGGCAUUGCGGUGGACGGAGGUUCCGAUUGGUUCCUUCUGAACCGCAUGUUUGUGGAUUACAUCAUCACCUCUGAAGAUGAGCUGGUCGUCAGCAUGAAGCGCUUCUACACAUACACACUGCUGCCUGCCGAGUCGUUCUUCCACACAGUGCUAGAGAACAGUGCUCACUGUGAGAGUAUGGUGGACAACAACCUGCGUAUCACCAACUGGAACAGGAAGCUGGGCUGUAAGUGUCAGUACAAACACAUCGUAGACUGGUGCGGCUGCUCCCCCAACGACUUCAAACCUCCUGACCUGCCACGCUUUCAG